ACUACCUAACACCUCGGCCCCCAGCAGGUCCUGGCUCAGGUCCUGGCCCAGAGAUAAUCAUCCAACAAUCUCGUUGGGCCAAAGCUCCAUCUACACCGCUAUAGUAAUUCUGCCUCACUGCUUUGAUGCCAGGCCACCAUGACUUCACAAAGGAAACGACCACUUGAUUCCGGUCCUUAUCGACCGACGGUCAUCCUUCAUGGUGGCGCCGGAGCUCUCUCGAGAGACAACCUCCCUCCAGCUCUUUGGGCUCAAUACAAGGCAUCUCUACUCAAGUACCUGACAAGCACCCGCGACUUGUUAGAUGCAGGGGCUUACGCGCUGGAUGCGGCUACCCAUGCCGUCACUCUUUUCGAAGAUGAUCCUCUCUUCAAUUGUGGCCGAGGCGCCGUCUUCACAGAGAGUGGAUCCAUCGAAAUGGAAGCCAGUCUCAUGGUGACUUCCAUUGACCCCAAAGGACCGCCGCAAGGCUACGUCAAGCGCGCUGCAGCGGUAAGUUUGGUGAAGAACACUCGGCACCCCAUUCUCCUCGCCAAGCAAGUUUUGAUUGCUUCUGAUGAUGACGAGGGUCUGGGCGGGACAGCUGCGAUGCACACUCAUCUCAGUGGUCGACAACUCGAAGAAUGGGGUUGGAAUGAGAAAGGUCUGGAGAGGAAACCAGAUCAUUGGUUCUGGACCAAGAAACGGUGGGAGGAGCACCGUCGCGGACUGUCAAAGUCACCAUCUCCCGACCUCUACACAUACGAAGACCUGCUCGAAUCAGUUAACGCACCACAACAGAAUGGGGAGUACAAAACUGUGUUUUCUGACAUUGAUUUGGACGUGAUCGGUAUUCCAAGUCAAGGUACUGUGGGCGCCGUCACCCUUGACUCGUGGGGAAACCUUGCGACAGCAACUUCGACUGGUGGUUUGACCAAUAAAAAGGCCGGGCGAAUUGGUGACACUCCCACCGUCGGUGCAGGGUUCUGGGCAGAGUCAUGGGACCAGCAUGCAGAAUCUUGUUUUGCCCAUGCGUCGCCAAAUUCCGAGAUAUCUGUACUUCGACAAAUCUCCGAGACUGUGUUAAGGAAUGCUCGGGCUGCCACCGAGUGCUUUGACGUCUGGCAGAACCCUUUGAUUAAAACCCACCGCCCUGCAGAAUUGCCUCCUCCAUAUGCUUUUGUGACUCAACAACCCGCGAUCAUCCCAAGACACAUGUCUUUCGCGGACCAACCUGGUCUUGCGCUACGCCGUCGCGCUGUUGCUAUGUCCGGCACUGGAAACGGCGACUCGUUCCUCCGCACCAAUGCCGUUCGCACGGCAGCAUCCAUAUCUCGAUUCUCCUCCAAUAAGUAUUCUCUUUCUCAUGCCGUCACAUCGAUUGCAGGACCAGGUGGUGAAUUGCAGCGUUCUGCUAGAGAACGAUGGGGUCGGACAGGUGAAGGCCAGGGCGGCAUCAUCGGAAUCGAGAUCGACCAAGGAUUGGAAACCCAUGGCGCUAGGAAGACAGGCAAGAUUGUGUUUGACUUCAACUGUGGUGGUUUGUUCAGGGCGUACUAUCAAGACAAUGAAAAGGGUCAAGAAGUGCCACGUGUUGGUGUGUUUCGGGACGAGUACUGAUGUCUGACCACUAUGCUCGUUCGUCACAUUUAUCUCAGCUCUUGUUGAGACGAUAACUUCACCACAAGGCUAUACCGCCCCCUCCCUGUUCCACAGCCAGCCCCCAGCCUCACACGAACAUCGAUAUCAUCUGAAGAACGCAAGCAGACACAGCCAAUUCCAAAGCGCAAAAUGACUUCAGCCUCCAAUCCUUCGAUCAAUUACAAAGGCAUCAUUCUUGACAGAUCCCUCAUUGAACAAUAUGGCCUCAACUUCGCCGAUGUUCAAUCAAAACCAAGCCUCGCCGACGCGUUGAUCGAAGUCGUCUCCAAGACUACCAAGCAAUGCCUAUGGUGCAAUCGAAGCAUGACGGGAAGGACUGGUAAAAGCAGGAGAGGGCACUUUAUUGAUUGCAGAAAGAAACACGCAGAGUAGAUAGCCAAGAGAGGGG